UGCAGCCCGCACUCCUGUACGGACUUCGGGGUGGACGGUGCACCGGAGCGCGGGCCUGCGAGCCGCCCUGCGUGGCCUCCACAGACGCCCCCACCUCCCGGGCCCACCCCUCGGCGGCGCUGAUUGGCCGCUUCUGGGCCACUUUCCCCCGCCCCCGGGCCCGGCAGGGUCCUCGGCCCAGCGAGCGGAAAGUUUUCUGUGCUGGAGGAAGUUGAACGUUCGCAGACUCCGAGAAAGCAGCUCCGGAGGCUGUAGGGGUCUGGGCCGCCAUGGAGGAGCCCCCUUUGAGAGAGGAAGAAGAGGAAGAGGAGGAGGACGAGGCGGGACCCGAGGGGGCUCUGGGCAAGAGCCCCUUGCAGCUGACCGCUGAGGACGUAUAUGACAUCUCCUACGUGAUGGGCCGUGAGCUGAUGGCCCUGGGCAGUGACCCCCGGGUGACACAACUGCAGUUCAAGAUCGUCCGCGUCCUGGAGAUGCUGGAGACGCUGGUGAAUGAAGGGAACCUGACGGUGGAGGAGCUAAGAAUGGAGCGGGACAACCUCAGGAAGGAGGUGGAGGGGCUGCGGAGAGAGGGCUCGGCCGCCGGCAGGGAGGUGAACCUGGGACCAGACAAAAUGGUGGUUGACCUGACAGAUCCCAACCGACCACGCUUUACUCUGCAGGAGCUGAGGGACGUGCUUCAGGAGCGCAACAAGCUCAAGUCACAGCUGCUGGUGGUGCAGGAAGAGCUGCAGUGCUAUAAGAGUGGUCUGAUUCCACCAAGAGAAGGCCCAGGAGGAAGAAGAGAGAAAGAGGCUCUUUUUCCCAGGGGCAGCAAUGCCAACAGCAACAAGGAGGAGAAGACAAUCAUAAGGAAACUAAAGAACAGCGGGUAUGAAGGCCAGAGGCUGGAGACAGCUUGUGCAGCAAAGAUGAUAGCGGCUGGAGCAGCAAAGAGAAGGGAGGUGAGGUUGGAGUGGGGAGCGAUUGGGUCCUUCUGGGCCACAUGGAUCCCAGUGAUGACUUUGGAUUUCAUUCUAAGUGCUUUGGAAAGACCUUGGAAGGUUUUAAGCUGGGGAGUGACAUGUCCAUAUUCACCUAUAAAAAGCUUAAGGACCUCCCUGGUGAUCCAGGGGUUAAAGUUCUGUGCUCCCAAUGCAGUAGGCAUGGGUUCAAUCCCUGGUCCAGAGCUAAGAUAUCACACGCCGCAUGAUGCAGCCGAGAAUAAAAAAUAAAAUCUUUUUGAAAAAACAAAAGUUUACUCUGACUGCUUUGUGAAGAAGCGUUGAUAGGACAGAGUCAAAUUGUUUCUUCUCCCUAGAAAGGGUCUCCUGUGGUAAGAUAAUGUAUGAGAGAGCAUCUCCACCCUACAGAGGGUAUCAGAUCUGAAAGUGUUUAUGUGGGAUAUUCACUGGCUGAGGAUCGCACUGGAAACAAGGCUUCCAGACCCAUAAGCUACUGGUUUCUUUCUUUCUCUUCUUGGGGAGUUCUUUGGGUCACAUAAUUGGAGUUUGAGCCUGAUAUGGCAAAAAUGAAAUGUACGUAAGCCAGCCUAAGGUCAUGGGCUUCCCAGGUGGCACUAGUAGUAAAGAAUCCCCCCUGCCAAUUCAGGAGAUGCAAGACUUGGGUUUGAUCCCUGAGCUGGGAAGAUCCCCAGGAGGAGGGCAUGGCAACCUGCUCCUGUAUUCUGGCCUGGAGAAUCCCAUGAACAGAGCAGCCUGGCGGGCUACAGUCCACGGGGCCAAGAGUCAGACACGACUGAGCGACUGAGCAAACACUGAAGACACAGGUUUGAAGAUAGUGAGGCCACGACUUGAUGAUCAGACAAGCUACGGAGUGAAUGAAUGAAUGACUUUCCGAAGAAUUAGGUCAUGCUAAGAAGGGUUUUAUCUUUGUCCUGAGGACAAUGGGGAGCCCUGGAAGGGUUUAAGCUGAGGAAUGACUUAUCUCUGCACAGUGAUGCAGUCAUGCUGACUGCUGUGUGAGUGGAUUGUGGGGGUGGUGGGGGAGGGGGCAGACAGGAAGGCUGUGAUGCUCAUCAGGGUGGCUCAGCCUGGGGGUGGCAGUGGAAGAGAUAAGUGGUGGGAUUAGGAACAUAUUUGGGGCAUGGUAACUAAAAUACAACAGAUGGGAUGACAGGAGAGGAAUUGAGAACAACUCCCAGUUCCUGGCUUGAAUGACUGGGUGGGGGGUGAUGUCAUUUCCUGAGGCAGGGAAGUGGGGGUUGGGAGGUGGUAUACUUAGGUUCAGGGGGAGGGUGGAUGUGCCCUAUCGCCUGUAUCCACACAUGAGUCAAGGGCUCACCCCUGCCGUUGCCGGCAGAGCUGCUAGCGGGGCUGGGACUGGGGCUUGUCUGACUAGAAGCAAGAGCCUGUAUCCCCAUCACUGACUUCUCAGCUCACUGGCCAUCUUUGCGUCUUUCCGACAACCUGAGCUAGCAUUGACACUGUACUUUGUGAUCACCCCCACGUGUCUAGUGCAUCAGGAGGACUGAAAGUUUGGCGUUCAUGCUUCAGGGAUAUCUUUAUAUGUGUUAUCUGUUAUAUCCAAGAAUUUACAUAUUAGUCAUUAUUCAUUUUAUCAUUGUAGGGAACACUGAGAAGUUACCGUUUCCUCUACAAUAAAAACCACUUAAAAUGAAAACAAAAACAUUCCAGACUCCGUUUGUCAGUCUAGCACAGUGGUUAAGUGGGCUUCUGGGCCCAACUCCCAGUUCCAAGACAAAAUUGUGUGACCUUGGGCCUGUUACUUAACCUCCCAGAACCUCAGUUUGCUCAUCUGUAAAAUGGGGAUAUUGACUAUACUCAACAUCCUCAUGCUGUUAUUAGUGUGAAAUGAGCUAGUAGACGGAAAGCCCUGGAACAGUGCCUAUUGCAUAAUGAGCUCUUAAGAAAUAAACUUUUGGGUGAAUGGCCUGCAGGAGCUGCUUACAGAAUUUGCAGGGGGUUGUGCACCCCCCGCUACAGCGCUCUGUUUCCUCUGACCUCCCACCUCCUGCCCCGACCCAGGUUCUCUUUCCGAUCGGGGAAGCAGACCUAGACCUGAGGCCAUGACUGCGUUCUCAGACACGGAGGACCACCCA